AUGCACACCCCCGGCCGCCGGCCCUGGGGCGCUGCCCCGCAGGCGCCCGGCGCCGACCGCGCCAUGCAGCCCCGCGCGGGGCUGCACAGCAGCCCGGAGCUCAGCCGCUCCAAGCGCCUGAGCGUCGGGGAGCUCCGCUCCCUCUUCGAGGCUCGCUGCGCCGCUGUCGCCGCCGCCGCCGCCCGGCAGCUGCCCGACCCGGCCAAGAGGGGCUGCCGGCCCCCCAACGGGGUGCUGCCGCCCGUCAUCCCCCGGCUCACGGUCACCGCCGAGGAGAGCGAGGAGGCGCAGGGCAGCCCGCAAGCGCAGCCGCCGCGCACGGAGGGCGGCUGGCUGAGGACGGACAGCUCGCUGCACCUGCAGUCCCGACGGCUUUCCACCUCCUCGCUGUCCUCCACCGGCUCCUCGUCCCUCCUGGAGGACUCUGAGGACGACGUGCUGAGCGACACGGAGUGCAGGAGCCAGGGCAUCGUGCACCUGGAGCACGGGGAGGACACCAACCAGAAAAAAGCAUGGCAUACAAUUAAAACCAUGGUUAACUUACCAGUCAUCAGCCCCUUCAAGAAACGCUACUCGUGGGUGCAGCUGGCUGGGCAUACAGGGAGUUUCAAGGCAGCUGAUAGUGGGAAGAUACUCAAACGCUUCUCAGAGAAUGAAAAGGAGUGUUUUGAGCGACUGAUGAAAGAUCCGCUCCGUGCCUGCGUCCCUUGCUUCCAUGGUGUGGUGGAGAGAGAUGGAGAGAGCUACAUUCAGCUGGAUGACUUGCUUACUGAUUUUGAAGGGCCUUCUGUGAUGGACUGCAAGAUGGGGAUCAGGACGUACCUGGAGGAAGAGCUGACUAAGGCCCGAGAGAAACCAAAGCUGCGUAAAGACAUGUACAAGAAAAUGAUCGAAGUGGAUCCUCUCGCUCCCACAGCUGAAGAGAAUGCCCAGCAUGCUGUCACCAAACCCAGAUACAUGCAGUGGAGGGAAACCAUCAGCUCUAGUGCCAACCUGGGCUUCAGGAUUGAAGGGAUUAAGAAGGCGGAUGGAACAUGUAACACAAACUUCAAAACUACGAAGACACAGGAGCAAGUUCUCCAGGUUUUUGCGGAAUUCAUUGAGGGCAACACAACUAUUCUGAACAAAUACCUCAAGCGUCUGCAGGAAAUUCAUAUCAUUCUUGAAUCCUCAGACUUCUUCAAGCGACAUGAGGUCGUUGGAAGUUCACUACUUUUUGUACAUGAUGGCAGUGGGAAUGCCAACGUGUGGCUGAUUGAUUUUGGAAAGACCACCCUACUCCCUGAUGGGCAGACACUGGAUCACAGGAUCCCCUGGGAAGAAGGCAACAGGGAGGAUGGGUACUUGUUGGGGUUGGACAAUUUGAUUGGCAUCUUGGAAAGCAUCACUGAGAGAUGAGUUGAGAAUGACACAAAACUUGCAGGGCUUCUCUGUAACUUUCUGCUCUACUGGAUCACUCAGUCUGAAGGAAACCUUUAACUCCCUCCAAACUCCUGAGGUCAUCAGUGCAGAGGGAGCUGCAUCCAGAACCCAACAGUUGGUGACCAAAAUGACUUUGCGUCAGCCCUCUAUGAACCUGAAUAACUCCAGAUUAGUUUGCAUUGCACCAGCCUAACUUCAGACUGGUCCUCAGAGAAUGAAGAUCUCCAUACUCAGGAAUCACAUCAGCAUGAGUCAAGAGGUCUGUAUGGUAAACCAGAAUGAUUCUGUUUUCUGGCAAACUGAUGGGACUCCAGAUAACGUCUUAGUGAACCAGAGCAAGUGCUUGGAGAUUCAGGGUAGGAAUGACAGUUUUCCAGGGAACCGCAUAGUUUUGAAACCAGCAAGAGUUGGGGUUGUUUUUUUUCCUUCUGAUUCCAAGUCUCCUUCCUCCUGUGUACACCAUAGGUUAGACCAACAACUUCUGCUGCAUUGUGUUACAGUGUGCACAAGGUGGAAACAGGUGAUAAUCACAAGAAAUCUGGAGCAAAGGGGGACAGCAGUUUGUAGUGGCUGCAUGUGACUGCUGUGUCUAUUCCUCCUCCUCCCUACCCUAGCCUCUAUUCACUUCUAUCUGGGAACAGCCUUUGCUUUCUAUGUAUCCUCUCAGGAGAUUACAGAUACUUUAGGGAGAGAGCAGCAGCCUAUUGUCUCCACAACCAUUUGACUUUGAGGCUGGGUGAGCUGUUGGAAAAGUUGCUAGCUUGGCAGAUUUGGCCUCUUGCAGCUGAACUGCAGCUCUGAAAAUCAGUAAAGGUUCUUACACACAGCCCAGGGAUCUAAGGGCUUUUUCCAAGGCUUGUUUAUUUCUAGAGGUAAAACCCCUAUACCCGUGCACAUACAAGCAUGCACUGGUAGCCAGCAACCAAUGUGGUCUUUUAAGAUCGUGGUUUGACUGUCUCCUACUGCAUGGGACUUCUUAGCCAUAUAAUAUGAUCCUGCCACUUAAUUGUAUAGAUGGGCACACUGAUCAUGUUUCUGCAUUCACAGUGUUACACUAAUGAUGAGUGAAUUCCCAGGCAUCCUUCCUCCCAGGUAUCAGCUGUUAACUCAGGGCAGUUUUGGGGAAGGAAAGUCUAUAUAUCACAUUCCCUAGUCCCCACCUGGAAUUGUGGAGCCAUCUGUGGUUCAUCCUUCUUUUGCUGUGCCCUGGGCACAACCACAGAAGAUUCACAGCAUUAAUGUCAAGAAAGUGAUUUUUUUUUUGUAGUGGCUUCACAUACUUGCUCUGUUGGUUGCUUCUGAUCACUUAAACAGUUCUUUAAAUACUAGCAGUAGAAAUACUAUCAGUAGUCACAUGUGCACUUCCAUUCCUGGUUUUAACAUUAAUAACAUGAUGGUGCAGUUUUCAAACUGAGAACACAACUUGUAUUGCUUGGUUCUUAAUCCCCUUUUAACAUCUAAAGCUGGUGAGGCACACUGAUCAGAAAUUGUUGUCUUUUGCUGGAGUCCUCUGCUCAGAAGAGAUUCUGAGAACUUUAGGAUAUAUGAAGGUGACUCCAUGCUUUGGAAAAUGGCUAUUUCAAUAGUAAUUGUGAUCAUGAGUAAAAAAAUGGACUGUAGAGUCCAGGUCUGGAAUGAAAUCUGUAUCUACAGCAUUUGUAAUUAGAAUUUAAGAGUCUACAAUAAUUUCUAAAGGGAGUUUCUGCAGAUAACACACUACUGUACUAAGACAUCAGUCAGAUUGAAUGACUUUUUCAUCACCUCUAAACAAAACAGCAGUAUUACAAAUUCAAGCUCAGCUGUGAUUUGAAAGUUAAAUGACAGAGAGUGGGUAUUCUGUAGGAAGUAAUGACAUGGAAACAUUUCAUCCUAACCCAGCAGUUGUUUGAAACUGGUAAUCAAUGCAGUUCACUGCAAAUUCAGCCUUCUCUGUCCUCCCAGAGUCCCUCACAGUUUUAUUUUCAUGACAGUAAGUUAAUGAAUUUUCCACUUAGAUAUUUCAGAGGAUUUACACAUUUUUUAUAUGACAGAGAGCACAGACCUUAUCAUUGCAGAAGCCUCCUAAGUUUUGAACUGCUAUGAGAUGAAAAACUAAGCCUUGGUGAAUUUCAUACAGUUGAAGUCUUCCUCCUUUCCUGCAGCUGACAGGUAAUCAUGCCCUAGCAGUGCUUAAGGAGCAGGAAGUAACUAGGCCUCCCAGGGGAGGACUUUAGUACCAAUGCCUUUUCUAUGAGACUGCAAUUGCAGCAGUCCUACCAUAAUGAAAAUAAGAAGUUAGAAAUGAGCCUGUUCAGGUGAUAGCAUUCAGUAGUGGUUUGCCUGAUGGAUUGAUCUUCAGAGUUAAAUUUGUUUUGGAAGAGUUAAACUUCUUCUGUUACCCCACACGUGACUCUUUGCACCAGUCUAACUUACUUUCUAGAGGGGAGACUUAGAUGGUAAAAAUUGAUGCUCAAAAGUCAGUUGAGAAUUUGAGAUACAAGCCUAGAAUGGCCAGUUCUAAAGGAGAAGUGUGGGUACCAGUAGCUUCAAAGCACCCAACUGCUGCUGGCGGCUGAUGGUUUGCAGUGUGUGAUCUUGGGAAACGUGGAGAAUGAUCCGUUCCUCUGCAGUAGUUGAACAGGUCGGAGGGGGAAAGAAAACCUCUGCUGUAGCAGACCCUGGUCUGGAAAUAGUUCUAGCAAGUUAGUUUAGAAAUGACCUUUUGGCUUGCUAAGGGAAGAAGCUACAAUCUGCUGCUGCUGUUAUAGAAAAGGAGAAAAGGAGGCAGCUUUUUCACUAUCAAACUGCACGUGUGGGACUGGAAGUGAGCACUGGAGCUCUAUGGGCCUGGAGGCUAUGAGCUCACAGGCAAACUACCACUGGGUGAGUUGGGUACCUGGAUUCAUACUGGAUGGCCCCAAGUGCCUGUCUUUACACUCACUUGCUGAUGUGAGGAAGCAGUAUAGCCUCCUUCCACUGUGGAGUACAUUGCCUUUGAAUAAGCUUAUAUUUACCAGAGGGUCAGUACUGUGCCUUUGCACAGGCAUGUAACACAGAAGAGCUGAUGCAUGCUAAAAAAGGUAUUUGUUCACAUACAGGUCCAGCAUGAAGUUCUUUAAUGCCUCCACUGAGAUUCUGCUCCACUGGGGACACUAAGAGCUUGUGUGUUUCCAGAGCACAGUGAGAUAUGCUGGCCCAGAGCACUUUGGUGCUGCACAGCUAACUUCUGACACCAAGGUGUUUAAACUCACUAGUUAGAUGCAGCAAUUCUUACUGCUGUAGCUGCUGCCUUCCUAUGUGAAUCCAGCAGUAGGAUUUCUCUCCCUCAGCUUUGUCAGUGACUUGUUUUUUUUGGCCUUGGACAACUAGGCCUCAGUUCUGUUCCCAUUUUACAGAUGGGAAUAGUACCUCCUUACCUCACAGGACUGGUGUGAGGUUGGCCUUCAUUAUUGCUUGCAAGAUGCUGUGAGAUUCUUUUGGAGGAAGGUGCAAUAUAGAAAGAAAUGCACAGAGAUACAUCAGCUAAGUUUAAAAAGGAUGGGUGUUGUGGCCCCACAAGGGUAGAAAUCUGGAUGAAAUUUAACCAAAGUGGUAAAAAUUAAAUGACCUCCCUGUUAAAUUUACACAGGGGGAGAAAUUUACUUAACAUCUGAUCCAGUUGCUACUAGAGGGAAAGGUUUCAAUGGGAGUUGGACCAAACCCUUAAGUAUCUUGGAGGGCUCUUGCUAUUUUUUAUUGCUGUUGUUAUUAUUUGUUGUUUUUAAGGUACUGAGAUCAAAUGGCCUGUAUCAUCCACAUGCAUCCGUUCUGAACACUACAAUGCAAUGCUGACCGUGGUCACUUUUGACAUUGACUGUAUUGGUUGAGUUUUUGUUACUCUGAAGUGUGUAAACUACUAAAUAAAUGAGACUGAAGGAAAAAA